AUGGCUCAUUCUACCUUCUACUCUCCUCCUUCUAUCAAGGAAACUGCCCAGUCCAUCCGCCAACAAAGUGCGAGAUACUCGCAUGUCAACCAAGAUAUGCAAUCACUGGUGGACCAAGUAGAGAACGACCCUGAAACAGAUAUGUUCGGGUUCAUCACCCAAUACUUUGGCCCCCGCAAUUUACCCUUGGCUGUCGCCGCCUUCAGCAUCUUCCGGUUCCCAUACGACCCCUUACCUCUUGGGUCAGAUCUUGAUAGUUGGGUGCCAAAGUACUUGCCCACAAUCACUGGCAAUCCUAGCCUUCUGAAUGAGUUCCUACAACUGGCCGAUAACAUCAACCAGCUUUCUGCAAUCUAUGCUUCUAUGCCAGGCGCCCAGCGGUUUUGGGAGGCUUUGUAUCGACGGUCGCUGUACCAGUCCUACGGAGAUGAUUUCUCUCACACUGCAGCUUGGGCGACGCCAGACCUACCCCUGUAUUACCUUGCAACCUUGAACAAGGAUCAAAUUGGUAUGGUCUUUGGCAAUCAGGAUCAACCCGGAGAAAGUCCUGUGGAUUCCGAAGGCGAUCCCAUUGACCCGGAGUUGCUUGUCCGCGUACAACAAAGCUUCUGGUUUGAGGAACUCGAGGUCAGGGCCAGGACUCUGUUCGAAAUGUUCGACUACGGCAACCUCCCUAUUGAUGAAGAGGCUUUGGGCCCGAUUGAUGAUCUUCUUGAGAAUGAACCUUCGGUGGACGUUGUGCCAUUCCAAAGACUGGUCAAGUGGCAACGUCUGGUCAGAACAGUGCAUAAGAAUGGUGUACGCGACACCCGAACUUCGAAAAAGCUCUUCAAAAUUCUCCAUACAGAAAGAUUCUACGCCCUUGGAGCUCAGGGAUUGGUAGCAUGUCUACCAAGCUACAAUGACUCCUAUGAUGUGUCGUACAUCUUCGAGCUGGCCUCCGCCAACAGUCGAAUUCAUCUCUUCCUUUUUGGUAAUAUCAAGGCUGGGGCCCUAGGAGAGUGGUUCGAUGGCUGGUUCGAGAAGUAUCCUGUCUCAGACCCUAUCGAACACGUAUCACUUGAUACCGAGUACUCUUCUCAUGAGGAAGAUCAGUUCGCAAUGGCUGCUUACGUGAUAGGCUUGGAUGAUGCGGACGUGGCAUUCCUUUGGGGAAUGAAGAAUCCUCAAAUUCUUGCCGAACCUCCAGUUUUGGAUUCUUUCGAUGAGACGUUGUUGUCGACGACCAUGUUAACAUAUGAUAUGGUAGACAUUCGCGCUAUGUGGUCAUCUGAUCCUUACAUGUUCGAUCGACGCAUGCAUGGGCUAUAA